GCGGAAAAGAGAAACCAACCAACUUCCUGCUGCCUGUCCUGAAGAGUGCAGGCCAGUGCGGCGCAAUUGACUGUGGCAAUGUCUCAUCUCAUUUUGUUGCUGCUCAAAGUGAUUAUGUUAUGCUUCGCCGUUGAGGCCGUGUUUGAGGAUCAAGUGGGAAAGUUUGACUGGAGGCAGCAGUAUGUUGGUGAUGUCCGCUUUGCCCAUUUUGAUGCACACCUGCAGUCAUCCAAAAAGGUGAUAAUGGCAACUGAGAAAAAUAUCUUCGCUGCAGUGAACACCAGGACUGGAGAACUUUUUUGGCGACAUGUGGAUAAGAAUGGGCCGGAGGGAAACAUUAAUGCUCUUCUGCAUCAUGGACAAGAUACUGUGCUUGUGGUGGGAAACGGCCGUAUACUGCGUUCUUGGGAUAUAAAUGUUGGUGGUUUGAAUUGGGAGAUUGUCCUGGACUCUGGCAGUUUCCAGGCGGCAUGUUUUGUUGGACAGCAAGACGUAGUUAAGCAUGUGGCUGUUUUAAAGAAAACUGCCCUGUCCCUUCAUUAUCUGUCUAAUGGCCAUCAAAAGUGGAUUGAGAAUCUUCCAGAUAGCGAGACAGUAGAUUACCAGUUUGUGUAUUCUGGAGGAACUGGCGAAGUGUAUGUACUGGGAGUUCUGCCUCAUUCCCACAUUGCUAUCGUGACUUAUAGUGUGGAAGAUGGAGAGAUAAUAAAGCAGGUUUCAGUGGAAGCUCCAUGGCUGUCCAACUUGCAAGCCAGCUGUGCCAUGGUCGGCCAGGGAAUAUUGACGUGCGUGGAUGCCUCCACAGCCUCUCUCUACACACUUGAUGUUCAUGCACAGUCACAGAUGACGCAAAUCUCUUUGCAGUCACUGGGACUUGAUGUUUCGCCCGACUUUCGUCCAGUGUUGGUUUACACCCAGCCCAAUCCGUCCCGACGCCCACUCACUGAGUUCCUCCUUCAGCUCAGUCCCGACCAUUACCUGCUCCUUCAGCUCAACAAUGGACUGAUAGUCACACUGAGGGAUUUCAAGCCUGCAAUGUUGGCUUCAUUUUCCACCACUGGAGAUAAAACCGUCGUUGCAGUUAUGUCACCAAAAAAUAAAACAGCUUGCACCGUUAACUUGUUCAGUGCAGAAACUGGACGCAGACUGCUCGACACAACCUUGACUGUUAAUAUUGAUCCCAAUACUGGCAAACCAGCAAAGAUGUACAUUCAGACGUUCCUGAAAAAAGACGACUCUGUUGGCUACAGGAUCAUGCUGCAGACUCAAGAUCACGCACUAAGCUUCAUGCAACAGCCAGGACGUGUCAUGUGGACCAGAGAGGAGUCCCUGUCAGACGUAGUGACCAUGGAAAUGGUGGAUCUACCCCUCACGGGAACACAGGCCGAGCUGGAGGGUGAAUUCGGCAAAAAGGCUGCCAUUCAAGAUGGUCUGCUGUCAAUGGUGCUGAAGCGGCUCUCCUCCCAGCUCAUUCUCCUGCAAGCCUGGAUCGCUCAUCUCUGGAAACUCUUCUACGACGCACGCAAACCUCACAGCCAAGUUAAAAAUGACGUGAGCAUUGAGACGCUGUCCAGAGAUGAAUUCAACCUUCAAAAAAUGAUGGUCAUGGUCACCGCAUCUGGCAAGCUUUUUGGCAUUGACAGCAAGACGGGCACUAUUUUAUGGCGACACUACCUGGAGAACGUCCCAUCAAACGCAGCCUUCAAACUUAUGGUGCAACGGACUACUGCCCACUUCCCUCACCCCCCUCAGUGCACACUGCUCAUCAAAAACAAGGACACAGGCUUGACAACACUCCAUGUAUUCAACCCCAUCUUCGGGAAGAAGAGCCACGUUGCCCCACCUGCUCUGCCUCAGCCAAUACUUCAGUCACUAUUGCUUCCACUCAUGGACCAGGAUUACGCUAAAGUCUUACUGCUUGUCGACGACCAGUAUAAGGUGUCUGCCUUUCCCUCCACAAAGAAUGUCUUGCAGCAGCUCCAGGAAAUGGCUGCUUCUAUAUUCUUCUACCUGGUGGAUUCCAGCAAGGGGAGCCUGUCUGGAUAUAGGCUGCGAACGGAUUUGUCAACUGAGCUCAUCUGGGAGGUGAUUAUCCCCACAGAGGUGCAGAAAAUUGUCUCGAUCAAAGGGAAAAGACCAAAUGAGCAUGUACACUCCCAAGGCCGUGUCAUGGGAGAUCGCAGCGUCCUUUAUAAGUACCUGAACCCCAAUCUACUGGCGGUGGUGACCGAGAGCACGGACACACACCAAGAACGAAGUUUUAUUGGCAUCUUGCUGCUUGAUGGCGUGACCGGUCGGAUUAUCCACGAGGCAGUUCAGAGGAGGGCCAAAGGGCCGGUUCAUGUGGUGCACUCUGAAAACUGGGUCGUGUAUGAAUACUGGAGCACCAAGUCUCGCAGGAACGAGUUUUCAGUCAUCGAACUGUACGAGGGAAUGGAGCUGUACAAUAGCACUGUGUUCAGCUCUCUGGAUCGGCCGCACGCCCCGCAAGUGCUACAGCAGUCCUACAUUUUCCCUUCGUCCAUCUCCACCAUGGAGGCCACGCUGACCGAGAAAGGCAUUACAAGCCGCCAUCUGCUCAUUGGCUUGCCAUCAGGAGGAAUUUUAUCAUUACCCAAAAUGUUCCUCGACCCUCGGAGGCCUGAAAUAAUAUCUGAGCAGAGUCGGGAGGAGAACCUGAUCCCUUACGCUCCAGAGUUGAUCAUCCGCACAGAAUGGUUUGUCAACUACAAUCAAUCGGUUUCAAGAGUGCGAGGCAUAUACACUGCCCCGUCUGGACUGGAGUCCACAUGUCUGGUGGUGGCCUACGGUCUAGACAUCUACCAAACCCGCGUCUAUCCCUCUAAACAAUUUGAUGUGCUUAAAGAUGACUAUGACUACAUGCUGAUCAGCAGUGUGCUGUUCGCACUCUUCUUUGCCACAAUGAUCAGCAAGCGGUUGGCCGAAGUCAAGCUGCUCAACAGGGCCUGGCGGUAAAGCACUCGUUGGCUGCGUCCCCAGUUCAAAAACAGCCUGGAUGCUGCACGUUUGACUUUAGCACGGGAAGACGUCCGUCAGGUAAAAAAAACGCCCGUAGAGAACUGCAAAGGUAAGGGAGGGUGGUAGGUGAAAAAUGAAUUAAGGUUUUUAUGUGUUUUUUUUAACUUAUUUGAAGGACAAUGAAGGCAUAAUGGAGGAUUUUUUUGUGCCAUGUUUUGAUGAAAUCUAGCAAAAAGAACAUCGACUUGAAUAUAUUAACUUGCUACAAAUAA